AGCGGCAGGGCCGGAAGGAAGACCCAGAGCGGAGGCGGCGCGGCAAGAUGGCGGCCACCAAGAGGAAGCGGCGUGGAGGCCUGGCGGCCCCGGCGAAGAGGCCGAGAAAGAACGAAAAAGAUGCCAGGCCUCCAGCUAAGCAGCGCGACAAGGCAGAGGAGGCGGAGGAAGAAGACAGAAAUCGCAUCCCAGGCCCCGUUUGCAAGGGCAAGUGGAAGAAUAAGGAACGGAUUCUCAUCUUUUCUUCCAGAGGAAUAAAUUUCAGAACAAGACAUUUAAUGCAAGACUUAAGAAUGUUGAUGCCUCAUUCUAAAGCAGAUACUAAAAUGGAUCGUAAAGAUAAGUUAUUUGUGAUUAAUGAGGUUUGUGAAAUGAAAAACUGCAAUAAGUGUAUCUAUUUUGAAGCUAAGAAGAAACAAGAUCUCUAUAUGUGGCUUUCAAAUUCACCUCAUGGACCAUCUGCUAAAUUCCUAGUUCAAAAUAUUCAUACCCUCGCUGAACUAAAGAUGACUGGAAACUGUUUGAAAGGUUCUCGGCCCCUUUUGUCCUUUGACCCUGCUUUUGAUGAAUUACCACAUUAUGCUUUGUUAAAAGAACUCUUAAUUCAGAUCUUUAGUACACCCCGCUACCAUCCCAAAAGCCAACCAUUUGUGGACCACGUGUUUACUUUCACUGUUUUGGACAAUAGGAUAUGGUUUCGGAACUUUCAGAUCAUAGAAGAAGAUGCUGCUCUUGUAGAAAUAGGACCUCGCUUCGUCUUAAAUCUCAUCAAGAUUUUCCAGGGAAGUUUUGGAGGACCAACUUUAUAUGAAAAUCCUCACUACCAGUCACCAAACAUGCAUCGGCGUGUCAUAAGAUCCAUCACAGCUGCAAAAUAUAAGGAGAAACAGCAAGUUAAAGAGGCACAAAAACUGAGAAAGAAAGAACCAAAGACUAUUCUUCCACAUGAUCCCACAGCAGAUGUUUUUGUUAUACCAGCUGAGGAAAAACCUAUAGAAAUACAGUGGAUAAAACCAGAGCCAAAAGUUGAUUUGAAAGCAAGAAAGAAAAGGGUUUACAAAAGACAAAGAAAAAUGAAACAGAAGGUGAACAGUGGAAAUGCAAAAUGAAUCACUGGAUAACUAAUUUUUCAGUUAUUUUAUAUUUAUUUUGUAUUCAAUGUGUAAAUACUUUUAUUAUUCAGGACUAUCUUACAUCUAAUUAGUGUGGCAUUUAAAAGAAAAAAUUAAAAUCUUGUGGCUUCAGUAGUAUCUGUUUUUCUAAAUAAAAUAUCCCUAGAACUCA